UAAACAAUGGCACGUACAAAACAAACUGCUCGGAAAUCCACCGGAGGAAAGGCUCCUCGUAAGCAGCUGGCUACCAAAGCUGCUCGCAAAAGUGCACCAUCCACUGGAGGAGUGAAGAAGCCACAUCGCUACCGGCCAGGAACGGUCGCUCUGCGUGAAAUUCGUCGCUAUCAAAAGUCAACAGAAUUGCUGAUUCGUAAACUACCGUUCCAACGUUUGGUUCGUGAAAUCGCUCAAGAUUUCAAGACAGAUUUGCGUUUCCAGAGUGCUGCGGUUGCCGCUCUACAAGAGGCAAGCGAAGCCUAUUUGGUCGGCUUAUUUGAAGAUACGAAUUUGUGCGCAAUUCAUGCCAAACGUGUUACAAUAAUGCCCAAAGAUAUUCAGCUGGCUCGUCGUAUCCGUGGUGAACGUGCUUAAGGAAUUGCAGUGCUAGGAUUUACAGUCAAAAACUCUCACAACGGCCCUUUUUAGGGCCACUGCCAUGGUUAAUUGAAGUAGUUAAGGAUUUGAUCAACUGCGCGUCAUGACGCGCUUAUAUCGCCAUUUUCUACACAACUACGCGUCUUCUGUGAAUGACGCGUUUAAUUUGGUGCUUCGAUCCUUUCACCGGUUUUGUUCUGCACUGGCACAACUCAAAAUUUUGCAUUUUUGAGUGUUUAAUGGUAAAUAUGUCGAAUGCUGUUAUGUUUCAUACAAUAAAACCCAGUUUGAAUAUUCACAAAAAAAAUCCAGAAUUAUUUGUAAAAAUGCUUUUGCCGCUCAAGUUGAAAUUUCUUUAUAAAUGUAGUAGAAACAAGGUUUAGUUUGUACAUCGUGCUCAUUUAUGUACAUCUUUUUAUUCUGUGUUUUCAACAUCAGCUGAACGUUACUCAUUGAGCUUAUCAGUAAUUGCAGUCAAUACGUCUCCCAACAUUUUUUUUCCUGUUGCUCUUAUACCUAGUUACCUACAAACAAAUAACUUAACAAAUAUUGGAGAACGUAUUACAGGUCGAACCCAAUUAUGCAUUCGAAGUAUCGAUUUUUUUGUUUUACUCCCGAUAAUCGAAUUACAAAUAAAUUAUCAAAUUUGCGAUCAACGAACAUAAAAUAAAUAUUUUCUCUUGUUAUUUUACUUGUAUGAUGUAGUGGCGUAACUAAAAAUUAUUAGGAAACAAGGGGUAAAAUUAGCAUUGGGCGAUACGACGGAGAGUAUCGAUACUUCAGUAUCGAUACCCGAAGAACCAAAAGUAUCGAGAUACUCAAAAUAUCGGUCAAAAAGUAUCGAUACUAUAGCUGAGAUCAUUUUUUGAAUUUUUG